UAUAUCCAUGCUGUAUUCUAAUUUUUCACCAACCAUAAGUGUAUAUUGCAAUAAAUGUCUUGGAACUUCUAUAUACAUUUUCGGUUUGGUUUCAAAUGUGACUAUUAUAACCACACUAGUCUCAUUAUAGUUCUAAUGCACAUAAUAUAUUUAUAAAAUAAAUUUUCAAACACUUUCGAUACUUUCGUACAUGUAUGUAUAAAUGGUAUAUAUGAUGUAUAUACAGGGUGUCGCAGUAGUCAUCGACAAAAUGGCGAUUCUAUGUGAAAAAAUAAGUCGAAAAUAUACAAUAAAAAUUUUCCAUAUGACAUUUCGUUUUCGAGAAAAGAGAGUUUAAAAGUUUGUCAAUUAUACUUAAACUUGAUCAAUACCGGACUGGACAAGAGCAAAUAAUUAACAGGAGGUUAUUUUACAUAUGAAAAUAAGUCGAAAAUAAAAUUUUAGAAUAAAAUUUUUUCAUAGAACACUGUGUUUCCGGAAGAAUGAAAUUCGAAAUUUCUAUGUACCAUAAUUACCGUAACAUCCUGUAUUUAUGACAUUUGUGUACAUUAUGCAUAUUAGAUUUGUCAAUCGGAUUCGUUUCCAUGCGUCCUACAUCCUACGUCAUUCGCGAUCAAUUCAAAUAAAGGAAUAAUGAAACGAAUAAUGAAUUAUAAUAAAUUAUAUUAGAAAUAUUUCAUAAAUAAUGUUUAUAUGUCGAGGUAAAUAAUUGGGCUGUUGUAUUUCGCAUAUGAACAUUUUCAUAAUUACGCUUGCACUGGAUACUAAAAAAAGGAACAAGCCUACUUUUAUCAUCGAUUAUGUCAUAUAUAACUGGGGAUAAGGUUGUUGAUAUAGCCACGUAAUAUUAUAAUACUCGCAUAAUAUAUUAUUUUGAUAUACAUAUAUAGUAAUACGCAACAGAGAUUGUUUUAGCUAUUUUGUAACCGAUUAUGAUCCAACAAUUGAAGAUUCUUAUACCAAACAGUGCGUUAUCGACGAUAUACCUGCGAAACUCGAUAUUCCAUAAUGAAUCAUGGGUUUGUUAUUUAUUAGAUACAGCAGGUCAAGAAGAGUUUAGUGCAAUGCGAGAACAGUAUAUGAGAAGUGGCGAAGGGUUUCUACUUGUAUUUUCGAUAACUGAGCUUUCAUCUUUCGAUGAAAUAUUAAAAUUCCAUAGGCAGAUACUUAGAGUAAAGGAUAGAGAAGAAUUUCCCAUGCUUAUGGUUGGCAACAAAGCUGAUUUGGAUUAUCAUAGAGUUGUUCAAAUUGAAGAGGCACAAAAUAGAGCUCGUCGAUUGAAAAUUCCAUAUAUUGAAUGUAGUGCAAAAUUAAGAAUGAAUGUUGACCAAGCCUUUCACGAAUUAGUAAGAAUUGUCAGAAAGUUUCAGUUAUCUGAAAGACCACCGCUUGAAUUAAACUAUAAAAAAAACAAAAAGAAAUGUUGUAUGUUGUAAUGCCUAAUGUGUUCUCAAUCAACUUAUUUUUGUGCUAAUACAAUGGUACAAAAGGGUUGAAUCAAAAUCGAAAUUGUGGAAUCAAUCAAAUCAUAAGGAUUAUUAUUUAUAUUUAAGUUGAAAUAGGAAUUUGAAAUCUGAAACAAGGGAUUGUUGAAGUGCUUUUGAAAAUAACAUUUAGAUUACUUUAACUUGAAAUUUAUACACUCAACUUGAAUCAAAGAGUGCUUUAAGCAAAUAUAAUAUUUUUGACUAUGCUACAAAUACUUUGUACUCACUUCUAAAACGAAUUAAUACAAUGGUAUUUAUGAAAUGUGUAGUGUAAUAACAAAGUUCACAAAUCGUGUAAUUUUAAUUGUAUAAGAAAUAAAAAUAACUUGACGUA